AUGUGCAACCGAUCGAUGAUCCUGAAGCUUCUGCUGGUGGCCACCCUCGUGUCCUCAGCGCUAAGUGUUUCUACCUGUUCGUGGCGAGCAGCCGGGAGCAGCUGGUUCGGUGGUGAAAUCUGUAUCCUGCAAAAAGUGUACGAUGACUGCCAGGAGAAGAGCGAUUUCACCGAAUGCCUAAAGCAGAAAGCACUGACGUCGCUCUCAAGAGCGAUUGAUAUGGAUUCCAUCCAGCUGGUCGAUGGAGUUACCCUAGUCAAGCAGAAUUCGUCGGAUGAUUCCGAAAACGAAACCGUCCCCGCAUUGGCUGAUGGCCGUGGACUGGAUGAUCUGAGCAGCACUGACCGUGCACUGCUGCAAAAAUUUGAUCGAUUCUUGAAAACGCACACAGUCAGGCUGGAUCUGGCCACCACAGCUGAAGCGCGCGGAAAUAAUAGGAAAAAUGGAAGUCGUUACAUUAUUGCGGCUAUUCUCACUGCAAUGGGCAUUGCUGGACCGAUCGGUCUGAAAACCCUCGGUGCCAUCGCAUUCAAAGCCCUGGUCAUCUCUAAGGUUGCUCUCACCAUUGCCAGUAUUUUGGCGUUGAAGAAGAUCUUCAAGGCCGAUCACCAUGAGGAAACUAGCUUCCAGGUGCAUGCUGGUCACGACAAUCGCCGAGCAACGUAUUUCGUGCGUCCAGUGAGGGCUUCCGUUGAUCCCUACCGGUAUUAUUACGAACAACCGGCCUACUAA